AGUUGUUUGGUUGUUUGAAUUAAAUAUUAAAUUAAAUACUAAAUUAAAUACUAAACUAAAUAUGUCGUCUGAAAAAUUGGAUGCGAUUAUUUUUGGUGCAACCGGCUUUACUGGAGAAUUGGUUGUUGAGAAUGCUAUUAAUAUUCUAAAGGGAUUUCGGUGGGGCGUUGCCGGUAGAAAUGAGUCAAAAAUAAAAGCAGUGCUCUCAAAUAUUGGCGAGAAAGUCAAUAAAGAUCUAAGUAAUACAACAAUUAUCAUUGCCGAUGUUAAUGAUAAAAAAUCUAUAGAAUUAAUGGCAGCAAAGUGUAAAUUAUUAAUCAAUUGUUGUGGACCUUAUCGCAUUUAUGGUGACGUUGUUGUAAAAGCUUGUGUUGAGAAUGGUACUCACCACAUUGAUCUCAGUGCGGAACCACUCUUUAUCGAUGAAAUGUUUAAAAAAUAUAAUGACCUAUCUCAAGAAAAAAAUGCUUAUGUUGUGUCAGCAUGUGGAUUUGAUACCAUAGCAGCUGAAAUGGGUGUAGUUUUUGUUGAACAAAAUUUUGGUGGUACUGUGAAUUCUAUUGAUAUGUACUGGGAAAAUUCAUUCGGAAGCAAAGAAUUGUCGAAACCACUUUUUCAUUUUGCAACUUGGGAAAGUGGAGUUGAUACCUUUAAUACCUUUAAAAAAUCUCUACAAUUACAGAAUGAAAUAAAUAGAUCAAUAGUAGAUAAACUACCUAGUUUAAAACCCAAACUAUGGCUGAAUCCAUUUAUACAUAAAACAGCUGGUCUAAGUAGUUACUUCCUACCAUUUCCACAAACUGAUCGCGCACUAAUACACCGUGCACAACGUUUGCAAUAUAAAUUAGAACAAAAACGUCCCAUACAAUUUGAGUCAUACGUGGGCUUUCGUUCACUUCUCUUAGCGCUUAUUCUACCGUUUCACUUUCUAACUAUUGUACUAAUGUCACAAUGGGAUUGGACACGUAAUUUACUCUUAAAAUGUCCUAAAUGUUUCACAUUAGGUAUUAUUUCACAUGAAGGACCUACAGAAGCCAUCAGAAAAGCACAUAACUUUCAAUUAACUUUUAAAGCAAAAGGUUGGACAAGUGAUGAGCUCAUUGGAGAUAAGCCGAAUAAGGAGAUAGUAGCGCGCGUUUCGGGCUAUGAUCCAUUUUAUGGUUUUGCAAGUGUUGCUUUAUUAUUAUGUGCAAAAACAAUACUCACUCAAAACCAACUAAUGCUGGGAACGGGUGGAGUUUGGCCAGCAUGUUUAGCUUUUGAAAAGACAAAUCUUAUUGAAGAAUUACAAAAGCAUGAGAAUGGUUUACAAUUUAAAAUAAUUAAGUCAUAAAGUAGUUUUGAUAUUUCUUUUUAUA